AUGAAUGCAUUGCUUCUUAUCGUUUUUAUUAUCCCCAUUAUUGCCACUCCCUUGGCCAAUCAAGCGGUGCAUAAAGUCUCUAUCCACGACCAUCCAAAAGAUAUGGUGUCCUCCAUGCUUUACAACACCUACUCGGAGGUGUUUGAUCUUGGCAAAACACCCAAGGCACUGGCUAAACUCAAUUCUCAAAGCAUCUUUCUUCAGCUAAGUAGAAAACCUGAAUGCUUGGAGCAGAGUCUGGUUAGAUUCUUCCUCAAGACUGUGACACUAACCCAGAGAAACUAUCAAGCAUCCGAAUGUCGAAUCAACACCAGUGACCGUCAUUUCAGUGUUUUACGACCAACCUUCAAUCCUCUGGCCAUAUUGCAUGGCAGUCUUGAGAGCGGACAUGAUGAGCUCAAGCAUAAAACACAAUUGUACAUUGAGAGUCUCCCGAUUGCUCAGAUAGGCUUCUAUAACUAUUCUGCACUUGACUAUGACUUCGAAUGCUUGGCCCGUCACCAUGAACUCAUGCAAAUUUUGUAUAGAGAGACCCUUUUGGAGGCCAAGUUGAAAAAAGUAGUUAAUGUUCCGGAAAAGUGCUCGUUCGCCAAUGUGAAUCCAGCAUUUGGAACAGACUACAUUUCAGAAGUGACUGUAGAGAUUCCAGUCAAUGGCACAUUUGAGUGUAAGCUCGGAACGUCUCCUACUUGUCGUAAAUCCAUCGCCACCUCUCGCAAUUCUCGCUACAAGCAUUUUGACUAG